AUGACCCCCGAUUUUGACCAUCUCCCCUCCGUGGCCGGAAUGCCCCAGGGAUGCGCCUGGGGCGUAUUCGACCAGAACGACCAAAAAGACCGACUGGGAACGCUGAAUUGGCUGACUCCGGCCGUUGUGCAGCAAGCAGCCACGGAAGUGCGUCAGGGUAUCUCGAUCUCGCUGAACAUCGCCAUUCCCAACUUCUUUCGCAAGACACUGUCGCACCGCGUGCUCGAGCUGAAGGAUCCCCAGAGCGUAUGCUAUGGUUUUGACGAUGAGGUGGCGUUAAACACGCAGUCAGGGAGCCAGUGGGACAGUCUCUGCCAUUUCCUGCAUCAACCGACCGGGCUGGCAUACAAUGGGCUACGGCCCACCGUGGAGAAUCUCGAAGAUCCGGAGCAGGCAGUGCAUCUGCCCACCAUCGACCAUUGGCAUGAGCGCGGCUGUAUGGCGGGACGAGGCGUCUUGAUUGAUUUCAAGCGCUAUGCCGACAUCCACGGUAUCACAUACUCGGUAUUCUCGGAUUUCCGUAUCAGUCCGGACGAUAUCGAGGCAGUGGCUCGGGAUCAGGGCCUGCAGUUUCGUCCUGGAGACAUCCUGCUCCUCCGGUUUGGAUUUACAGAGGCCCUAGCCAGCAUGACGGGCGACGAGCAAGCAGCUUCACUGGCCUCGCAUCGCGUCUGCGGCGUAGAAGGCAGCAAGGCGAUGGCCCGAUGGCUCUGGAAUCACCAGUUUGUCGCCGUAGCCAGCGACACUCUAGCAGUGGAGGCGAUGCCCCCAAUGGAGAACGGGCAGGAGGAACAACCGUGGAAGCUGGUGCUGCAUCAAUGGUGUCUUAGUCUCAUGGGCAUGCCGCUGGGUGAGCUCUGGGAUCUCCAUCAACUGUCACAGGCAUGCCACGAGGCGCAACGAUACAGUUUCUUCUUGACCUCGUCGCCGUUGAACGUGCCGGGGGGAGUGGGCAGUCCGCCGAAUGCGAUGGCCAUUCUAUAG